AUGAAUAUGGCAGUGAAAAGGAAAAUGUCUUAUGCUCAACUUGAACCUCCAAAGGAAAAAAAAAUGUGCUUGAACAUGUGUUCUCAGUAUUACAAGAAUAAAAAGGCAAAAACUCUGACUGAUUAUGCUGAAAAAAAUCAGUCUAUGGAGGCAAAUGAAAAACAAAAUCUAUUGGCUAAAAAAACAAGCUUCUCAAAACAUGGGUAGCUGUGAAAAAGAUAAAUUGUCUGAAAAACAAAGGACUUAAACAAGUAAAGCUUAGCAGACAAAACCUUUGAAAUGCAAUGUCUUGGAUUCUUGUAUCAACUCCUUUCAAAAAAAAAAUCAAAGAAGGGCCUUAUUACAUAUGUUCACUGCAUCACAUAAAAGAUGUAAUUCAAAAGUCUUUACAAAAUCUUGUAUGUCAAAACCAGGCUUAAUUAUUCCUAGGACAAAUCCCAGGGACACCACCCUACUGGCAAAAGUUUAUGUACAAAGUUGUUUCCAUGGUAAAAGGGCAUAGUAUUCCCACCUGGUUUAUGACUUUGUCUUGUGCUGACCUUAUAUGGCCAGAAUUGUUUCAAAUUAUUGCCAGAACACAAGGCCUAAUUUUAACAGAUGAACAAAUUGAAGCAUUGUCUUACAAUGAAAGAUGAUCUAUGCUUAACUUAAACCCUGUUAUUGUUGAGAGUUAGAGUUGCCAAGACUGAGCCAAAUAGAACUUGAUGCAUUCGAUGAUGAUAGUACAGUUCUUUACAAAUCAAAUAUCAUCAAACGCGACAGAAUGAGACCACAUACAAUUCCUUCUAUGAAUAGCUUAUGUUUAGCUCAAUUUGCAUCAUACGUUUAUAAAGAAUACAGCAAUAAUAGUGAAACAAGUGAUGUUCAACCAGAAUUACUUACACAUGAUGCAAUUGAAUUACAUGUCCACUUAGACACAAAUACUGAUCUUAAUAGUCAAUUACCUCCAAGAAUAAAAUUAGUUAACUCUAAUGAAGUAAAGAAAUACAGGAAAAUUAGGGCUGUUGUGCGUUACCAUACACACACAAAAAAAAGAAAACAGCCUGAAUACUACUUUCACCACUUGCUUAUGCUAUAUUACCCACAGCUUAAUGAAGAUACUCUGGUUGUAAGUGAACAAACAUAUGCAUCAAAAUUCAACGAGCCUGAAGAGCAAGCUGUUGUUGAACAAAAUAGAGCUUUAUUUGAACCAGAUUCAGAUGCUAUUUCAGAAGCAUUGGAAGCAUUGAGAAACAAUGAAGGCGCCAGUUUGAUCAGGAAAAUGAAGAAUUGCUCCUAUAUAUGUAGGUAA